AUGUCUAUUACCCGACUCACGCGUGCGACCUUCAUCGCCGCCAAUCAUGCUCAAAUCGCACUCUCCCAGAAGACCAUGUACGAACUAGCCGAGGGCGAAGAAGGAGUUAAAGAGGUGCCUAUACCAGAGAGCUUCAAGAAGUCCGGUAUCCCACAAGGAUAUAGUGUUGCAACGUUGGUGGCCUCCCUUGCCGAGUCUGGCAUUACUUACCACGGAGGAGCAGUUACCUGA